AGCCGCCUCUGACACCAGCACAGCUCUCCGCCUGGCCUCUGCCUGCUCCUGGCAAACUCGUCAGUUAGCAGCAUGGCAACCAAAUGUGGGAAGUGUGGACCCGGCUACCCAACCCCUCUGGAGGCCAUGAAAGGACCCCGGGAGGAGAUUGUCUACCUACCCUGUAUUUACCGAAACACGGCCACCGAGGCCCCCGAUUAUCUAGCUACUGUGGAUGUUGACCCCAAAUCUCCUCAGUAUAGCCAGGUCAUCCACCGGCUGCCCAUGCCCAACAUGAAGGACGAGCUGCAUCACUCGGGGUGGAACACCUGCAGCAGCUGCUUCGGUGACAGCACCAAGUCCCGCACCAAGCUGGUGCUGCCCAGUCUCAUCUCCUCUCGCAUCUACGUGGUGGACGUGGGCUCCGAGCCCCGGUGUCCGAAGUUGCACAAGGUCAUCGAGCCCAAGGAUAUCCAUGCCAAGUGUGACCUAGCCUACCUCCACACCAGCCACUGCCUGGCCAGUGGGGAGGUGAUGAUCAGUUCCCUGGGAGACCCUAAGGGCAAUGGCAAAGGGGGUUUUGUGCUGUUGGAUGGGGAGACAUUCGAGGUGAAAGGGACAUGGGAGCGGCCUGGAGGUGCUGCCCGGAUGGGCUAUGACUUCUGGUACCAACCUCGACACAACGUCAUGAUCAGCACCGAAUGGGCAGCUCCCAAUGUCUUACGAGAUGGCUUCAACCCUGCUGAUGUGGAGGCUGGGCUGUACGGGAGCCACUUACAUGUGUGGGACUGGCAGCGCCAUGAGAUCGUGCAGACGCUGCAUCUGAAGGACGGGCUCAUUCCCCUGGAGAUCCGCUUCCUGCACAACCCCGAUGCCGCUCAAGGCUUCGUGGGCUGUGCGCUCAGCUCCACCGUCCAGCGCUUCUUCAAGAAUGAGGGUGGUACUUGGUCAGUGGAGAAGGUGAUCCAGGUGCCCCCCAAGAAAGUGAAGGGCUGGAUGCUGCCCGAAAUGCCAGGCCUGAUCACGGACAUCCUGCUAUCCCUGGAUGACCGCUUCCUGUACUUCAGCAACUGGCUGCAUGGGGACCUGCGGCAAUAUGACGUCUCUGACCCACAGAGGCCCCACCUCACCGGGCAGCUUUUCCUCGGGGGCAGCAUUGUUAAGGGAGGCCCUGUGCAAGUGCUAGAGGACCAGGAGCUCAAAUGCCAGCCGGAGCCCCUGGUGGUCAAGGGGAAACGGGUGGCCGGAGGCCCUCAGAUGAUCCAGCUUAGCUUAGACGGGAAGCGUCUCUACGUCACCACGUCGCUGUUCAGUGCCUGGGACAAGCAGUUUUAUCCUGAUCUCAUCAGGGAAGGUUCUGUGAUGCUGCAGAUCGAUGUCGACACAGUAAAGGGGGGACUCAAGUUGAACCCCAACUUCCUGGUAGACUUUGGGAAGGAGCCCCUGGGCCCAGCCCUGGCUCACGAGCUUCGCUACCCUGGGGGCGACUGCAGCUCUGACAUCUGGAUCUGAAGCCUGCACUCACCCCUCACACUCCGCAGUCUGAGGCCUCACUUCCUGGGGACCUGGCUUCACUUUGCUCUCUCAUGGCACUCGGCCCUGGGCAGCCUGACCCACCAAAGCCAAACCAAUUGUUGAAACGUGCUGAGCAGGUAUCUCCUUUUACUGACUUGCUUGUUGUUCGCUGUGCUUUUACGAGUUUCUGGAAGCACCAAGAAAUAAACUGGUGAACCUAUUUCUCAGA